CCUGCCCGGCGCGCCGUCCGCUGGCGCUAUAGCGCAAUCGAAGGUAAACAUUGCAGCGUGGCGGCCGCUUCGGCGGGGAUCGGGCUGGCUCUUCCUCCCGCAGAGGGGGCGGCAGGUGCAGCACGAUGCAAGAAGUCAACAAGUCUGAAACUUUGAAACGAGAAUGGGCUUGCAAACCUAGAACUGAUGACCACAUUCUUGAUGGUACAGACCAGAAAGGCUGUGAUCUUUUUAUUGAUGACCUUUUUGAAGAAGCACAGAAAUUUGGAGCUGUAUGCACGCAACAGUCUCAUGUUAAAAAUAGAGUGGAUACAACAAUUAAAUUAUGGAAAAAUGGGUUCACGGUGAACGAUGGCGAGCUCCGAAGCUACACAGACGUUGCAAACCAGCGCUUCUUGGACUCGAUUAAAAAAGGGGAGCUGCCUCUUGAGUUGCAGAAGAUUUGUGAUAAAGAAGAGGUGGACAUUAAGGUAGAUGAUAAGAAGAACGAGGUGUAUGCUUUGAGGAAGCCACCGUUCCAUCCUUUCUCUGGACAAGGCUACAGAUUAGGAAGUGCCACACCAAGAGUAAUUUCUAAAGUAAAAAGAGAUGCAGAAGAAAUUGAAAAGAGAAAACCAACAGUGGUAUUAAAUCAUUCGGAACCCAUUACUAGUAUCCAGAUCUGGCUAGCAGAUGGAACAAGGAUAGUACAAAACUUUAAUAUUACUCAUAGAAUAUGGCACGUCAGAGACUUCAUAGCAAAUUACCAAGGACAUCAAGGAAGAAGUCCUUUCACGCUGACCACAUCUCUUCCUUUUCACGAGCUGCUGAACGAAUCUCUCACCUUAGAGGAGGCUAAUUUAAAAAAUACUGUUGUUGUUCAGAGACUUAAAAAAAAUAGCGAGCCUUUUGAGAGUUUGUCCUAGCAUCCUUUCUGAAGAUUGCCUAAAAUACAUUAGCGGUGGAGUCUUGGAGAAGAAGCAGGUGGUACCCACCAAACAGUUGCUCUGCUGGGUUUGUUUUACCAAAGCUCAGGAGGUGUAUGUAACCCCAAAAAGAAAUCAAUAGCAAUAAUUGUGGUGUGGUGUAUAACAUCUGCAGCACUUGUUGGAAAAGUCAUAUAGCAUGUGCUGUACUGACUCCAGUGCAUUCUCUCUCUUUUUUCUCUCUAUUUAUCAACCUAACUAGAAUAUAAUGGGCAAUAAUUCACCAGGCCAGCCAUCUUAAGCUGUGUGUUUUGUCAGCUAGAUAGCUGUGAUAGUCUUGCAAAGGGGCAUUCUAGAGAAACUCCUAGGCUUUUGUUCGCACUUUUAGUUGCAAAGGGGGGGGGGG